AGGGGGGAGUCGUCGUGGUGACCGAACCAAAAAGCCCCAUCCCGCAGCUCCUCCACACACGCCCAUUCAGCUGCGGAGGAACCGACGGCGUUUCGGUUAAAGGGAGUCGGAGUCGGUGUCUUGGCUUUCUAGCGGCAGCGAAGAGAGAGGCCGAAGAGCUGCAGUAGGGAAGGGAGGGACCGCUCAGGCGGCUUCCCGGCUGGAGGAGGAGGAGGAGCAGCAGCGAGGGGCGCCGGAGACGGGGCGGGCUGCCUGCCAUCGCCCUCAGACCCCAAUAUGUCUCGGGUUUGCUUGGUUGCAGGCUCGUCCUCGGGGAGGGGAAGCUGCCGCCACCGCCACAACGACGCGAUUCCUGUCGACACCAUUUGGGCCCGGCUGAGGGAGGAGGCCGAAGGACAUGGCAGAGACGGAAAGCGGCGACGGCGGCUCGGUCCAUGAGACCCGCUUCGAGGCGGCCGUGAAGGUGAUUCAGAGCCUGCCCAAAAAUGUUUUUUAAAGCAGAAGAUUUAUUGGAGUCACAUAAAAUUGCAAAGAACAAAGAAGCCUUAAGUCAUGAAAAAUGGUCCCAGAAAUCUUUCUUGGAACUGGAAAUGAAAUGAAAUGUGGGAAGUAUUAUCUGUCUAUCAUAGGAGGUUUAAGUAUGACGGAUUCAUUCGCAGCUUCUCUGUGACUUACUGUUAGACUUUCCAUAUUAGAAAAUAGGAAAUUGGCCAGGUUCAUUCCAGCCAACGAAUGAAAUGAUGCUCAAAUUUUAUAGCUUUUACAAGCAAGCAACUCAAGGACCUUGUAAUAUUCCAAGACCUGGAUUUUGGGAUCCUAUUGGUAGAUAUAAAUGGGAUGCUUGGAGUGCUUUAGGAGAUAUGCCGAAAGAAGAUGCUAUGAUUGCCUAUGUUGAAGAAAUGAAAAAGAUUCUUGAAACGAUGCCAAUGACGGAUAAGGUUGAAGAACUGCUACAUGUAAUAGGCCCAUUCUAUGAAAUUGUAGAGGAUAAAAAGAACCGAGGAUCUGGCAUAAUACCAGAUCCCAGAAAUGCCAUAACUUCUGUGCCAGCUGUAAAUGGUAAAUCUGAAAGCAGUGACAGUGGAGCUGAGUCUGAGGAAGAAGAACCUCAGGAAGAAAUAACAGAAUUAAAGCAGAUUGGGAAAGAAGGUAAAACGGUGGAAGAGGAGUCAGCCGCUGCUAAGGGGUUGGACAGCGUUGUUGCCAAUGGCUAUGAUGAUGUCCCAAAUGCUGACAUACACAAUGACAUGCAGACGAAGUCUGCUCUGAAUGGCAUCAAUGUGAAUGAAGAUCUAAAAAAGAGAGGCAAACAUCUUGAACUACCUAUCGUCCCUAAUUUUGGUUUGUCUCAACAAGGUCUGAAUGAAGAUACCAGUGAAGAGGUAUCUGGAAUUCAGCAUCUGACAAGUGAUUCGGAUAGUGAAAUCUUUUGUGAUUCUAUGGAGCAAUUUGGACAAGAAGAGAUCCUGGAAGCCUGUACAUCAACUACUUCAAAGCAUCCAUUUCAUUUCUCAGAAGUAGAUCACAGCAGUAUGCUGGAAACUUCUGGGUUUUUUGAAUUUGGAAACCACAAGGCAGAAAGUAUAAAAGAGGCUGCAAUUGAAGAAAAAGGUGAAGUCAAGUGUGGUGGUGAAGAUGGCAAGGCAAGUGAUGGAGGCCCUCACAAAGAGAAGAAAGGUGGUGAAAAAGUGGACUUCUAUGGAGUCAGACGAGGGAGAGGACAUAGAAUGCAUCCUGUGGGUGAUGGUGCCCAAGGUGGACAGAUGGGCAGUGGAGGAGAUGGAGAACGAUGGGGUUCAGACAGAGGACCACGGAGCAGCCUCAAUGAACAAAUUGCCGUUGUACUCAUACGCUUACAAGAAGACAUGCAAAAUGUUUUCCAAAGAUUACAUACACUAGAGGCACUGACGGCAUCACAGGCAAGAGCUGCAACCCUACAUUCAAAUAAUCAGCCCAUCUCACCUGUUAAGAGACCAUCAUGGUGGCCCUUUGAGAUUUCUCCUGGUACUUUAGCCUUUGCUGUUUUAUGGCCCUUUGUUGCCCAGUGGCUGGUGCAUGUUUAUCUUCAAAGAAGAAGGAGAAAACAGAACUGAGGGUUCUAUUCCUGAUCUUACUUAAGGACUACUAUUAGAGGGAGACACUGGAAAGUGAAGUAGAUCCAAGCAUCCACAAGAACUUCAGUCUCUGGGAUGGCUUAAUAUUCCUUCUGUUGUAUUUCCCCCCUUUUCCACUACUUGAGAUAACAUACUUGAAUGAUCCAUUGCUCUUAGGUUACAAGUAGAAUAAAUACAACUAUCCUAUCCUGCAGUGACAUGAACCUUAAGUGUAAUUGUUUUGGAAUAUACUUUCUGGACAAACAGUCCAUAGAGUUGACAAAUCUUAUUGCAGUUCCAGCUUGGGGUGGGGAAGAUACUUAAAUGAAUGCAAAACAUGGUUACUUUAACUUAUUUUGUAUUUCAUUCAAGUCUUUCCACAUAACAUACAAAACAUGCCAUAAACAGAGGAACCUUUUAAGUCUAGAGCAAGGUGUUCAAUUGAAUGACAACACUUAAACCUCUUAGAGCUAUAUGAUAACUCACCAUAAUUGCUGCUAUAUAGCUGAGAUCAUUCUUUUUUGUAAUAUGGAAUCAGCAUUUAAGACAGUGAUUUUUCUUGCAGAGAUACCAUCACUGUUGUGUCAUCUCUUAACUCUUAGUAGCCAAGCAUCUUGUACUUUAGAAAGGUGGACUGAAGUUGAUUAUGGCAUAAAAUUCAGAACAACCCUAUACAGGGGUUGCAGUGCAGAGAGAACAAACCUGACACCCCUAAGCCACAUGGGAAUCAGCAGGACUUCAAUACAGUUACUUUUUUCCAUUGAUUUCUAUAAGACUUCAAUAUGUUUGAGUUGUAGCAAGAAGCAGCAGUGUACUUAACAGUUUAGUGAAGAUGGUUUCCUUUGAAAUUAUCUCAAGAGUUGCAUAACUGAAUCACGCUCAGUAUGUGUAUGGGUGGAAACAGGGUGCUGCAGUUGAAUUGGUUCCAGCACCAGAGCAAAAGGCUGCUGGAAUCCUGCAUCUGGAACAUAAAGGUGUGUCCGUGGAACUUCAGCACCUGUUACUCCCUAGUCAUCUCCCUCAGGUAAUGCCUAUAAAGCAUAUCACAAGAACAGGUAACUGAGACCUAACUCUCACUAGGAUUGUAAAAUAAAGUGAGCUGUAGCACUCUAGACUGCAGGUGGUGGUGGUGGUGGUGUGUUUCAUGUCUUUCAUAUAGAUGUUUCCAUGCACACACAACUAGUUCAAGGAAAAGGGUUCUACUCCACCUUCUGCCUGCAAUGUCAGCUUCUCUGUGUAGAGGAAUUCUGUGUAUUUGCAUGUAGGAGUAGAAACAGACCAAGGUUUGUUACUCCUGGGAGAACUAGGCCUUGAUGUCAGCAAUAGCAGAAGGGAAAACUGGCUAAUUCCACUUAACUGCUGGCUGAGCAGGAAGGGCUAAGAUACUUAGCUUGGUCUGCUGGGCUACUGACUUUACUGUUCCCUGAACUGAGGCAAUUUUUUAAAUUUUAAGUAGUUGUACAUGUCUAAUUUGUGGCCUUCUCUCAUUAUCUGAUCCUCACUUCUAGGGGUCCUUUUACCUUUCCUGUAAACACAUUCAAGACAAUUUUAGCACUGUCUCUUUAUUAAAUUUCUACUUAUUGCUUUUAUAGAUAAAUGCAUAUUUAAACACUGCAGCCUAUUAGUUACAGCAUUUCAAAAAUGGCUAAAAGAGCUUUUCUACAGAAAGGGGAAAUAAUCAAGGUUAGCAUUUCUUCAUAUUGAGUUAAACUUAGAGACAAAGAGAUUGCUUUCCAGUUGCUAUAGUGAAGAAAAAAACCUAUUAUGCCAGACCUGUGAAAUUAAGUUACAGAACUGCUUACUCCUAAAUGAGCCUAUUACAUUUCACCUGUUCUGGAGUAAGUAAUUCCUGGAUUGUGACAUGUUGUGCACUGUAUAAUUCUUUAGAAUUAUACAUUACUCGAAGCUAGUGGGAGAUGUUUUCUAUUCUGAAGUGUUUCAAGAUAUGGAAAGCAUUCUUUAUGUAUUUAUAUGCUGUAUAAAUAAUGUAAUUAACAAGAAUUAAAAGUUUUUGCCUUGUUUAAUAGAACAUGAUUUUAAACUUGUUAAAAUUAGUAUUUUACUCUGUUGUAAAUAACAUUUAACAAAUAAAGAAUGACAAGCGUACACACACA